CUGCUUUUUUAAAAUACACAAACUAUUGCUGUAAAACAUUUUUUCUUAUUCUCGCUCAUUUGAACUUGCACACACAAAUAUAUUUUACACUCCAAAUUCACUCAUUUAUUUUAACCAUGGCCUCGCUCGAGAACUCUGACUCCCAGGUGUACACUUCAGUCAAGGACUACUACGGCAAGGUGUUGCAAUCAAGCAAAGAUCUCAAGACCAGCGCAUGCACGACCGGCUCCCGACCAAACCCGAUUCUCCGCAACAUAAUCAGCAAAGUUCCAGACGCCGUCAACGACAAAUUCUACGGCUGCGGCAACCCCAUCCCUCUCGGCAUCUCGGGCAAGGACGUUCUCGACCUAGGCUCUGGCAGUGGCCGCGACUGCUACGUGGCCGCCGCCCUACUACAAACGGCCCGCGAAAACAUCGACGCCUUUGGCCAAACACUCGGCUAUCAGCCCAACUUAAAGUUCCUCACCGGGUACAUUGAAAUGCUGCAGGCCGCUGGCGUGGCCAAGGAGUCCAAGGACAUUUGUAUCUCCAACUGCGUCAUCAACUUGUCGCCCAAUAAGCGGCUUGUGCUGGAGGGUGUCUACCAGGCAUUGCGUUCCGGAGGCGAACUUUAUUUCUCCGACGUCUACGCUGAUGCGCAGCUUUCUGAUGAGGCGCGCGCACACGACGUUCUCCUGGGCGAAUGCAUUGGCGGUGCGCUGUUCACUGAGGAAUUUGAGCAGAUUGCUCACGAUAUUGGUUUCGCCACCCCGCGUGUUCUGGCAAUCUCGCACAUUGAAGUACACGAUGAGAAGCUGAAGGCCCUAGUCAACGAUACAAAGUUUUUCUCCAUAACUUACCGCUUAUUCAAAACACCCCAGGGUGACAUUCAUCCUAGAGGCAAUGCGUUGGUCAGUGUCACGUAUAAUGGAGCGAUCGAGGGCCAUGAGGAGGAGUAUGUUUUGGACGUUAAUAAUGUGUUUAAGCGCAAUGUGCCGACUGUUGUUGGUGCUGAAACUGCCUGUGUGUUGUCGUUGUCGUGGCUUGAAAAGUAUUUCACUUUUGAUUAUGAUUUUGAGGUCAAGCAGGAUGAGAUGAAUGUGCCGGGUGAGGUUGCGUCGACACUGGUGUUGAUGCAGAAGGCGUACGAGGAGAGUAUCGAGACUGCCUCUGAUAAUGCUUCUGCUGGAUCCUGCCUGCCCAAGAUUAAACCAUCUGGCUGCUGUCCGCCAAAGCCUAUUACUGCCGAUACGCCAAAGGCAGAAUCUACUGGCAAGCUUGAAAUUCUCAACGCUUCUUCAAAGGACAGGUGCUGUGGCAAAAAGUGCUGCUAAUCGUUUGAUAAUGUUUUAUAUCUUGCUUUGUUUGAAAAUGUUAACUACUAAAUCUAUAA